ACAAGCCGCACGAAUUCUCUUUGCUAUACAUCAGUCCCUCAGAAUAUGAUGUGGCAGCCUUCAGUGAUGAAAAACAGCCUUCCUCGUCGAGUCGGGAUGAGGAGAUGAACCGGCGUUUGUAGAGACGGAGACCAGUAGCGCCGUCCGUGUAGCCGUUCCCUGAUAGACUGAUCCACGACGCCCACACUUCCGGACCGAACCCACUGAGAUGCGUCCGUCUCCCAGCUGCUGCUUGAAAUGAGGAUAAGACGAAGACAGUGACUGGGCGAUGCUGGUUCCGUUACAUUACAUCUUGUCGUUACAAGCUGAGCUGGAGUGAUCAAAUCGAAGCGUUUGUUCGCCCAACACUCAGAGGGGAUUCAGGCUUUGAGCCCAACUGUCUGUCCGCCGUCAACUGUUGCUUAUUUCCACUGUAAAUGAAUCUUGUAAGGUUUAUGAACAACCGUGCUCCUUCUAACAAGCGUUACCAGCCCACAGAAUAUGAGCAUGCUGCUAACUGUGCUACGCAUGCGUUAUGGAUAAUCCCCAGCCUGCUGGGCAGCUCAAUGUUGCACUUUGAGUCAGAGGACCAAUGGGAACGCCUGUCAGCCUGGGUGUAUGGGGCAGGGCUCAGCUCACUCUUCAUCAUCUCCACGCUUUUCCACACUGUAGCCUGGAAGAAGAGCCACCUACGGUCUGUGGAGCACUGUUUCCACAUGUGUGACAGGAUGGUAAUCUACUUCUUCAUUGCUGCCUCCUACGCACCGUGGCUGAACCUGCGGGAGCUGGGUCCCUGGGCCAGUCACAUGCGCUGGUUAGUGUGGGUCAUGGCAUCUUUUGGAACCACAUAUGUCUUCUUCUUCCAUGAGAGGUAUAAGCUUAUGGAGUUGCUCUGCUAUACAGUGAUGGGAGUUUUUCCCGCCCUGGUCAUCUUCUCAAUGCCAGAGCAGUCGGGGUUGUAUGAGCUGCUGGUCGGUGGAGCCUGCUACUGUCUCGGUAUAGUCUUCUUCAAAAGUGAUGGCAUUGUCCCAUUCGCUCAUGCUAUUUGGCACUUGUUUGUAGCUAUGGGAGCAGCCAUACACUACUACGCCAUCUGGAAAUACCUCUAUGUUGAGGCACCCAAUCAAGUCCAGACCUCCAGAUGACAUCAGCAAUAACGUCACAGGAAGUAACACCUGUGUUUGAGCAACUUUAGGGAGAUGCAAGCUGUGUCCAAAUUCAAGAGCUGCCUCUUAUGGAAGGUUUAACCUACUGCCUAAACACACCUCACCCUACAAAGACAAAAACUCUCAGUGCACUCUGGUUAUCCUGAUCAACUCAUAAAGUCUAAUAUUUUCAUGUUCAACACCGAGAAGUUGCCUUCAGAUGACAGGCAAAUGUGUGAAAGCUACUGGUAAGACACAAGCAGUUUCGACAGAUUGUUGUACCACUUUAAUGAGACAUUUCCUCGCUUUACAGUAAUGUCCAAUAUGCUGAUAAUAACAGUGAAAUUAAAUAUCAAGCCUACACUUUUUCACAAGCAUACGUUAUGCUUCAAAGCGUUAUCAGAUUUAGCAAUUUAACAGCAAACCAAGUAAGCGGUCCUGUCCCAGCCAUUAAGCUGCAAGGGUGCCUACUUUCUUUUAGCGGGAAGCCAAUUUAAGAUGAAACAUCUGAUCUGGUGUUACAUUAUCCACUUUCUUUAUCUAGUCAGGCAGCAGAGGUGACAGUGCAGCUAUUUUUUUUUUUCAGUUCUAAAUAGUGUUUGGCCCUAUUCCUGCAAGGCUAGAUAGUUUGAGAGACCCCAGGUUAAAACAUUCAUUGCCCUCCCUGUAUUUCGGAAAGGCUGAAUAAGCAUCCCAGGGGAGCAUUUCAACAAUUUAUUGAUACAGAGCUUCUUUCAUCUCCUUUUUUUGCUGUUGUACUAUAACAGGACACUGUUUAGAAAGUUAUAGAGUUGCACUAUUUAAAGUAAACCACGUGCAACAUGGUGGAUGAACAUCUGAUUACCCUCUGAGGCCACAUUCCUCCUAUAACUUUACAAAGUUAAUGAGGAUGUUUAAAUGCACCAUUUGACAGUUGUUUGGCAUGUACAUAUUGUAUAUUAAUAUAUAAAGAAGCAUUUUCAUUAAAGCAGCUGAGGCAUCGUAUUGUGAUGAACCCAAACCUUGACUGAGGCAGUUCAUGAAGUCGGACACAGCUCUUACCUCCACCUCAGUUCAUUUGAUGUAAUCUCACAGUAUUUUGCAGGAGUUUGGUUUCAUUCCAAUGAUCAGGGGUUAAUUACUUGUCUUUGAGAUUUUUCUCUUUGUGGUGCAUGUCCAGAUUCAGUAUUCAGAGGCUGAAUUGAGGGCAUUGUCUUAAUGUCAAGAGGAAGACAAUGUUUACAAUUAUUUGCUGUGGCUACCAUCCUUAGUUUUAAUAUGUAUUAUCAAAAUCAGUAUUGUCAACAAAUGUGUUUAGAUUUAAAUUUAUCUAGAAGGCUGCAACAUCAGUAGCUUACUGUUUCAAUUCAGAGCUCUAGAUAGUAGUAACGUAGUUACUGUUGCUAGUUGUGCUAUCUAGACUGUAGUGCACUAUGGUUUUAACAAAAGGUUGCUACAGUCAAUGACUUAAUGAUAUUUACACAUCAAGUAUGACUAGACUGAUGUUUUUAAGUUGCACAUACAGAUAUUCAUGGUUUCAGUGAGACGUUGCAUCUGAAUCUACAUAUGCUAGGCUCUGCAAACUGAUUAUAAAACAUAUUUACUGAAUUGUAACGGUUUACUGUUGCUGAUUAGGUUUAGUAGUUGAGGAUGUCAUCAGUAUGCUUUGCAAAGAAUUUAUCAGACGCAGUUAAUGUUGAUUCACAUACCUUUCCUUUGAAGUUCUUCUAGUGUCUUCAAUAGAUAGAAACCAGUGGAUAGUUUUGUGGUUGAUCCUCAGAGGAAAAAACCCACAAACCGACGCAGCACUGCCAGAAGACUCACUUACUGCCAUAACUGACAGCACACUACUACCAUAAUACAGUACAUCUCUCACUUGAAAGGAAACUGAAGCUAUAGUAUUGUUGAACAAUCUGGCCCAAUAUAAAGGCAUCUCAGGAGUGUGUGUGUUAUGUGUUUGAGUGCGCUUGUGUGAGUGCAUGUCUGUUUGUAUCCUUUCCCUAUCUUACUCUCAUGAAUUCAAAGCCUCUGAUUGGCUUAGUCAAUGUUUACACAUGUAUCUUGAACAUAUAAAAAUAUAUAUUUGUUAUCAGUGUUUCUCUUUGUGUGGUGGGACUGUAUAUACUGGACAAGCUUGUACAGUAUGAUGAAUGUGGCUAAAAGGACCAAAAAGGUCAAAACAUGUAAUUAAAUAUUUAAAAAAAAAAAAAAAAAAAAAAAAAAACUAACACAAAAGUUAAAUUCCUGUUCAUCAUGUUUUCACAGCUAUGUUUCUCUCAGGAUUUGGAUUAUUUUUGCAUUAAAAAGUACAUGAAGUCACUUUCAAGGACCACUAGAGCCGCUUUGGUUGUUCAGAAGUUGUCUUCAUACAACUUCACCUGCUCAAUCUCAUUCCAACGUAGAGCAGUGGCCCCUUCACUAGUUUUACAUGUGGGUAGUAUUUGUAAAAACAACCAAAUUGAUGUUCCAGAGGAGGAUAGAAACUCACUGAAAAACUGAUUGAAAAUAUCAAAAAUAAAAAAUAAUAAUAAAAAAUAAAUAAAAUAAUAAAAAUAGAUCCUAAAAAUGAAAAGAAUGAAUAAACCAUUCUAAUUGACUGCAAAAUCCACAACAUUUGCAUUUGGAUUUGCAUAAAAACACUGUAAAUAAUCUAUUUAGUUUAUCUUUUUUAUUUAUUUUUUUCCUUUUUAUUUUGUUUUAUUUAUGAAGUCAAACAGCUCAUGGACAAGUGUGGAAGAUAAGGACGUUUUUAUUUAUUUAUUUUUUUUUAAAUUAUUCUUUAAUCUGAUAACUUGUAAAAAAAACAAAAAAAGGAAUAAGUAAAAGAAUUUGACUGAAAACACAGCAUCCUGAACAGAAAAAAAGACAAAUUAUAUUAGUCAAAUCAUGCAGACCAAAUCUGCACAUACAAGCUCUUUGUGCAGAAACUAUACACACUGUUGCCUUGCUGUACCUUUCAUUAUGCUCGUAAUCCUGUGGUUACAAAAAAUAUCAUACUAAGUACAACAUUCCAACUGAAUAAUUAUAAUCCAAAAUUAUCUAUGAACAACAUCUAAAACACAUUUAACCUCAAUCAGAAGUGUCUGGGAACAAUAUGUAACAGUUAAAGUUUAUGUUGCAUCGUAUCCAGUACAUCAGAUCCACAUGAGGCCAUGUUGAAGUUUAGGAUUUUAUAUCAUUCUGUCUUUGUCUAGGUCACACUUUUCUCAUUCUGAGACACAGUGCACAUCUGACUUUGUAUAGAUCUCUGUGGUUUUCUAAACUUUACAUGAAGCCCUUGUGAACCCUCUGAACAUUAUUUAUAGAUGCUCUGUGACUGUGGAGCUGCUGACUGUUUUCAGUCCAGCUCGUGCUUUCUUUCUAUUCCAACAAGACUUAUUCUACGCAUUGACCCACAUCCACAGUCUCUAUAGUUUUCAAUAUUGGUUAUUGUGUCUGUGGUGCUCCUUGUGCUGUGAUAAGCCAAUAUGAUGCCAACAAUGCUUUUAUCUUUUUCUAUAUCUAUUGUAAUAAAAAUUCUUUUUCUUCCAGUA